UGGCAGCUACAACCGCCUCCAAGACGAAGGAUUUAACUUUGUGAUGCCUGCCUGGAGACACCUUUAACAGUUAUCCCUGCUGUUGCUGUGGCGCUUUAUCAAAUACGACAACUACUUGGACUGCAACCUCUCCUGCUGCUGUGGAAGUGAUAUGACCUCCACCACUGUUAUGUCUAUCCAGGAAGAAAUGUCUACAAAUUCAACAGUUGACCACUGCAAAGUACCCAAUCCGGUCACAUAUAAGACCCUCUCCUGGCUGAUGAUUGGAGAGUUCGUGCUGGGUCUGCCUCUCAACCUGUCGGUCCUCUACAUCUUCAUCUUCAGAUUCAAGUUUUGGAAGAACAAAAGUAUCUUCCUCUUCAACAUUGUGGUUGCCGAUUUCUUGCUGGUGGUCUGUCUUCCCGCAAAGGCCUACUAUUACCAACACGGCCUGAGGCGCAGCACGGACAGCGUGGUUUGUAAGAUGUCACUCUUCAUGCUGUUUAUCAACCGAGGGGCCAGUAUCGCCUUCCUCAUCACCCUGUCCAUCGAUCGCUACUUCAGCGUGGUCCAUCUCGGAAGGAGGAAUUUCGUCAAAGUGUUGAAGAAAUCCCCCCAGAUUUCCAUCAUCAUCUGGCUCCUCUUGCUGCCCCUCACCAUCCCCACCAUGCUCAGGACCUUUGAGUGCUGCAACAGCCACGGCCGAAAAAUUGAGACGGCUUAUCACAAUGUGACGGACACCUUGAGAGAGGUCGUCUUUUUCACCCAGAUCAUCAUCCCCUUCAUCAUCCUCAUCUACUGCACGGCACGCAUCGUCAACCGGCUGAGGAAGAAAACGGUCGGGGAAAAGACCAAGCUGCGGAGAGCAGUGUGGGUGGUCAUGUCUGUUGUCGUUGUCUUCUCCAUCUGCUUCCUGCCGUGCACUAUAGCCAGAGCGGUGCUGCUAUACGUCAGGCUGAGAGACAGGCAGGAAGCGGAGGACAUAGCGGUUCAGUUCUACGACAGCCUCAUGGUUUUGUCUUACACUGACUGCCUCCUGGACCCGCUGGUAUACUGCUUCUGUAACUCGGGCUUUAAAGAUGCUUACGUAUCCACCUUCUGUCCCCCCUUUCUUCGGAACAGGCUGUUAAACUCUAACCCUGGCACGGGAACUGGAGUGACAACUACAACUACAAUUUCCGGAGCUAGAAGCAUCUCUUUGCCGAUAAUAGAGAAAUGAUUUGUUUUUCCUCUUAAACUGAGACUAAAACUAUCUCCGAGGGGAGAAUCGGCGGUUUGUUCACCGUCAUGCCUCAGCCACACAGAUAUUACACCACUGGUCCACCCACACCGGUGUUUUCAGGUACUACGGCGGAUUAGACUUGUUCUCUGCAAGAGUCGGGCGGAUCAGUCAUCAAAUACCCUCUGCUAAAAGGCUGAAGGCACACCAGAUGCGGUGGGCGUUGCCCGACAUCGCGCCUCCUCCACGGAGUUACUUGUCUGUGGGCAUCAUCAGUCAAAAU